AUGGCUCUGCUUUCUGUUCUCUUCUUGCUCUAUAUUUAUGGGGCUUUGUCGGCAUCUGCGUUGUCUAUUUGUCCUAAAGAAUCAGCUUUGUUUAUGUACGAUAUUCAAUCUCAAUGUCCUGUUUCGAUCUCUCCAAACUCUCCUCUUCAGGUUUCUUGGGUAGUAGUAGAACUUUCACAUAGAAACAACAAUGAAGAGAAUUUGGAUUUUGAAUCUUUACCUUUUCUAGAAGGGCUUGAACCAGUUCAACAUUUUACCAAAGACGACUGUACUAGUACAGAGAGUCAUGAAAAAUUCUUCAUGCAGCCAGAGGAUAUAAUAAAGAGGGAACCCUACUUAGUACUUGCUACACUGUUUCUCUUUUUGAGGGUGUUGCUCUAUGUAUCUCCAAAGGUGUUGUCACAUCUCAAGGCUUUCUAUGCCUGUUAUGUACCACAUUUCAACUUGGAAAUAUUUGGCGAGACUAGUCAAUUGUUUGGGCGUAUCCUUCACAUGAUUGAUGUGAGGAGGAUUUGGACUAAGCUGAGAAUAUGCAAGACCAGAAAUUUCCAUGAACGUGCAAAAAAUUGUCGGGUGUGGGCUUCUUCACUGGCUUCUGUUUCUUUGGGUGAAUCGUCUCCAUCAGCUAGGUCACAGUCCUAA